AUGCCAACUGGAAAUCUUUCUUACAAACGUAGUUCAUCACAUAAUUUUAUAAAAGAGGAUAAACAUGGAAAGGAAUUUAUGGAGAUACCUAAUGUGAUUGUGGACUCUGUGCCUAAUUCUCCAACUGUUGAAGAUAUCGCAAAAGCUGAGCAGUUGAAAACUGAAGGAAAUGAGCAAAUGAAAGUCGAAAAUUACCAAUGUGCUGUGGAUUACUACACAAAAGCCAUUGAAUUGAAUCCAAGCAAUGCAGUUUAUUAUUGCAAUAGGGCAGCAGCGUUGAGUAAAUUGGGAAACUACACUGGAGCAGUACAAGACUGUGAAAAGGCAAUAGCUUUUGACCCGAGCUACAGCAAAGCUUAUGGCAGAAUGGGCUUGGCCCUGGCUAGUCUAAAUAAAUACAGUGAUGCAGUAAAUUACUAUAAAAAGGCUCUGGAGCUGGAUCCUGAAAAUGAAUCAUACAAAGCAAACCUCAGUGUAGCAGAACAGAAGGUCAAGGAUGCACCGAGUCCAACAGGAGGCAGCGGUGGGUUCGAUCUGGCAAGUUUAUUGAAUAACCCAGGCUUCAUGAAUAUGGCAUCAAGUCUAAUGCAGAAUUCACAAGUACAACAAUUAAUGUCUGGAAUGAUGUCUGGGUCUUAUGGUCCAGUAAGUGGUGGUGGAGCAGGACCUGGGGCAGGAGCCAAUGAUAUUGCAGGCCUCAUCCAAGCAGGUCAACAAUUUGCACAGCAGAUGCAGCAGCAAAAUCCAGAGCUAAUUGAACAGUUACGGAGCCAAAUCCGGAGCCGAACCCCCAGUGCCAGCAAUGAGGAACAGUCCUAACUACAUACAAUAUAUACAGCAACAGAUGGAGAUUGUUCGUUCUUCGCUUUGACAUCAGGAACUUGACAUAAUGAUUUGUACUGUCACUUGCAUGUUCAGGAGGAUCCUUAAAGUGGAGAGCUGACCACUUGUAAAUAUGGAAUUUAAAAAAGGAACUGGGUUUAAAGCUUGCAAAAACCACUAAUUGACCUUUUUGUGGAAGUUAUGUAUUGAGCUUUCUGUGAUUCUCUAAGUUUUUUUUUAAAAUCAGAAUAUUCACAGGAACAUCUAGCUGCUUUUUAUUGCUUCUCCAGAAUGUCUGUCAUCAUGUGUGAGAAUCCACUGUCUGUUCUUAGAAACAACAGAGGCUAACAGCAAUGGCUCCCCGCCUCACCACCUCAAUACUGACAUUUCCAUAAAAAUUUGUUUUGCCUGUAACAGUUUUUAUUUCCCAGCACUUCAUCUGUUCACGGGAAUGGAACAGCAGAAGCCAUAUGUAUAAAUUCAAACAAAUUCAGCUCACAGAGUGAAUAACAUCUUUUAUUUUUCAUUCACGUAGGCUUUUUUAAUGUUGCAGAACAUUUUAUAAAAAUAACAGCAGAAAAAUUUAUUUAUAACCUUUUUCAAGUUAACGGUUUGAAACAGAGGCAAAUAUGAAUAUUAAUUAGCCUUGGCAUUGAAAUGGUGAAAUUCUGCUUGGUGGCAAUUGUUUCAGAAAUUGCUAACAUUACCAGCGAUCAACUUUGUUUAUACUUGAUGUAUUUUAGGGAAUGCAUUUGCAGAAUUGACUCCAGAAGCUGCAUUCAGGAAGAAGAAAAGGCAUCCAUAUGUUAUAAUCUAAUUGACCACUUGAGAUUGAUGAAGCAUCCUAGUAUGGCAGUCACCCUGUCUGCAAUAGCAACAACUACUCCUGACUUUACCAAAGCCCCACAUUUUGAGGAUUGAGCAUGUAGUAUGCCUUGUUCUAGCUGUAGGAAUAAAAUGUCUUCAUUAGCAGCCAGUGUUUCUAGCCAAUAUUUGCUCGUAAAGGAAAGACAAAUAGAUUGUGAGAAACUCCACUUUAAUUACUUGAUGUUGAGCUGGAAUCUAUGUAUAACUAUGGUAUCAGUUUUUAAAUAUGCAUAAAAUAUUCAUAGAAGUAUUUUGGUGUCCUUUUUGUGCACAUAGGCUGAACAUGUGCCAUGUGGCCAAGACUGCUGAUUUGCAGUUUUUGUAGGAAAGCAAGCCAAUGCAACUCAAAAUGUUGCUGAUCGUCCCUGUCAUAAAUUUGAUUUAUCCAGUCAACAGUAAAUUAGUGACUGUACUUAAUUCAUUCUAAACUUACUGGAUCACAGCAAUGAGAAGUACACUGCUUUCAAACCAAAAAUCAAAAUUUCAUUUCAUAAAAAUUGAACUUGAUUCAUUUGACUGCUGUAAAAUACUGAUUCUGCAAGCAGACUCUGUUCUGGGGAAGGGUAUCCUAACUAUUUGUUUUCAUGUUUUGUUACACAGUCUCAUGGAAUAAAGUGCAAGGUCCUGUUCAUUUAUGCCUCCAUAAGUUUCUCAUAUUAAUGGAUCCUGAUGUUCUGUCCCAGGAUUUAUCUAAUAACCAUGAUAAGAACAGUCCUUUUACAAAUUGCCUGGUUCUUAAAAUACAAACAGGUCAAACCAGUACAGUAGGAAUAUGAGAAAUAUAAUUAAGAUUGAGUCACCUGGGAGUUUUGAGUGCCAGGCCAGCCCUGUUCUUGAUUCACUAUGUUUCAGUGUCCUAAGAAUGAAUUCACUGUAAACAUUUUGUUAUUUCUUUGAACAAAAACACAAUUAUUUCUUGGAAUCAUAUCCACAUAAGGUUCGACUUCUCAAGUUCCUUGAUCCCAUUUAACAUAAUUAGCAGUUAAGCAAAGCGUAAACAAAGUGGCUAUUUUAAACAGCGUUUCAGCCCACCAGAUGCUAGGUACUCUUUCCAUUUGUAAUUAUGAAAGUUAAUACUUUGUAAACAUACUGCUACCCCAGAGUUAUCUGUCUUUGUACAUUUAUAUUGUUUUUAAAGAAAAAAACGUUGGGUGGAGAGGUGCAAUGUUUGUUUAAACCACAUACAAAGUCCAAAACGUUAUCAGAAUUUUGUCAUCAAUCAGAAUCUCAUUAUGGAAAACAGUAAAUGUUCUGUACCACAGUUCCAAUUUGUUGUGCCGUUUGUUUAGAUUUCUGUUCAGUUUUUUUGUUGCGGGUGUGACCUUUGAAUUCUAGUUGCCAUCUCCCUCUGGUUUUCCCUUCUGAUCAUCUUGCACUUUCUAAAGUCAUAAUGCAAUAAAAUGCAGUUAACUGAUCGAUAAA